AUGGUCAGUGGCAUUGAAGCUGCAGGGCUUGCACUGGCUGUGAUUCCUCUUCUGGUAAAUCAAAUCGAUGGUUAUGCUCGAGGCAUCGAGAAGAUACGACUCCUGAGACACUAUCACAGAGAGCUCUUGACAUACCAUAUGGGUCUCAACACACAAUACGCCAUUCUUCAAUGUACACUGGAGGAUGUGCUUGAGGAUUUCGGGGAUGAUGAAGAGACAGUUACCACUCUCAUUAAAAAUCCCCAAGGCGCUGGGUGGAAAGAUCCAAAUUUACAAAAGGCGCUUCUACGCAAACUUGGACGAAAUUACAGGCCGUUUCUCGGAAACAUGAACUCUUUGUCCGAGCUAUUGGAGCGGCUCUCAGGAAAAUUAGGGUUAUCCGCGACGGAGACUAAUCUAAUCCUUCAAAAGCAGAGCUCGACUGAUCUCCGUUCAUUUUGGAAGUUCUGGAAAAUCCUUUCAAGGGCGGUAUAUGACGACCUGCUGGAGAAAAUCGAUGCGGCGAAUACUAUACUCCGAACAUUGAUUGAUCAAGUAAAUCAUCAAGAGGAGAGACGAAAACGUCGAAAACCUUGGACCAGCCUUCUUAGGCGGUACCAAAACGAGCGACAGCACGUUGAAUUCUUAUUUCAGGCAAUCGGUGGUUCCUGUUGGCAAUGUCACUGCCGGGAACAUCACUCCGUCCAUCUCCGACUCCAGCCCUAUCUAACCGAGUAUGCCAAUGAUUCGCCUCGAAAUAAUUCCGAGUCCAUGUUUCAUUUCAUCUUCUCCAACAUCCCUAGGACAACAGGUGUAUGGGAUUGGAGAGAGGUGAUUUUUCAGCCUCAAGCAAUAGACAACCCGCAAAUUUUGACGCCUUCUUUGGCUGGGCAGUCAAACGAACAGCAAAUCCCAGACCUUUGCUCAUCACUCCAGAGUUUUAAGCCACUUUUUCAACAACAAACCACAAUUGGAUUCAUAUCAGAAGACUUCAACCCAGCCUAUCGAUACACUAUGCACGCGGUACAAAGUUUGCAGCGAGAUUCCUUGAAACAAUCUCUGCGUGAAGCUCUGACUUCAUUUAGUCGCCGUGACCGAUUAUGUAUUGCCGCCAGCAUUGCCUGCGCCGUCCUGCAGUACCAUGGAAACUGGCUCAAGGAUCAAUGGGACAGCUCCAAUUUCCACCUAGCCGCUGAAACACUGGAUAUUCUAUAUCUCUCGUGGCCUCUAUCUGCUCUAGUUGCUUUGAAAGGCUCAUCUACAAUGUCUAGCUCGGAUAAACGAGAGUCUGUUUUACAAUCCCUUGGAUUGAGCCUCGUGGAGCUCUCGCUCGGUCGGCCUUUAGAUGCAUUACUCUCACAGGAUGAGACUCAAGACGAUAAAAAAGCGAUUGUUGACUAUGCGUUGAAGCUUACUAAAGAGGUACGCCUAGAAAGUGGCUGGCACUAUGCUAGUGUUGUGGAUAGUUGUCUUUCCUGGUCUGGCGUGAGUACCAUCUGCCGGGAAAGUCAUAACUUCGAGGAGCGAAUUUUUGAUAAAAUUGUCUCCCCUUUGCUGAAGGAUGUGAUGAUUUUUGACGGCAGAGCUUGA